CUUGACAUAUUGUAGGUGCUUAGCAAAUAUUUAUUAAUUAAUUGGUUAUCUGUUAACAGUUUACUAAACUUUGGGGAUUUCAUUUGUGUAUAACAUUUCUCAAUAGCUUCCUGUGUAUGGUUCCUCAGUAAUAUUUUAAUGGUAUAAUUGGGUCUAGGGGAAAUUUUAGUAUAGAUAUUUUUCAUUGCCAUCAAUUAUUGCUGAAUAUGUAAGAGUCUUAAAAUAAUACUAGUAUGUGGGUAAUCUUUUCAGUCAUCCAGAUCAUAAACCAUCUGUCUUCUCAUUCUAUGUGACUUUUAUUCAUGUUUUCAGUGACUCUGCCAAAGGGAUUCUAAUGAAUUCUGGUUGCCCUACUCAAUUUUGGGGCUCUUCUGCUAGAUCUCUUGAUUUUGUUUGAGAAUUAGUGUUGUAUUCCUUGCAAAGGAAUCUCCUUUAAGGAAUAACUAUUGAAUAGUCAUUGAACUAUUGAAUAACAUUAGAAAUAGAAAACUUUUUAAUUGGUGAAAUCAUAAUUCGUUAAGUGUUGCAGCUUUCUCAAUCCUGCCAUUUCUCUGUUGUCUUUUGGAUGGCCUGUGAAUUUUAAUUCUUCAGAAAUUGCACUAUUUCAUGAAUUGCAGCCAUAGUGUUUUACUGGAAGAAUAUUGUUACUACAAAGAUCUGUUUUUGUUUCAGGCAGGACCUUAGUUACAGUCAUUAAAAGUGCUAUGUAGCUUCCCAAAGACAGUCCAGCCCAUUCUUUUUCUGCUGUUCAAUUUGUGCUCACUGUCUAUACCCAGUAGUCUAUUCAAGAUAAGUAUAUGCACUGACAGACCAACUCUGUUGGUUGACUGUCAAAUUGCAUAGACAAAUAGAUAAUCAUUUACUUGUUUUUUCUUGUCUGAAAAAUUGUGCCAACCGCUUUUGAAUUAUUAUGUAUCUCAUUUAGGGAACUCUGCAAGGCUUAAGGGGGCUCAUUGUUAGGGACAAACAGCAUCUAGAUGAUCUCACCAUCUAAUAAGGAAUUUUGUUUUUCUAUUUGGACUUUAUUCUGGACUCCUUCCAUGACAAUGACAAACAUUUUUGACCAUUUGAUCAUCUAUAUGUUUGCUUUAGGUCGUAAUCAGCCUCUGAAAAAAGAGAAACCAAAAUGGAAGAGUGAUUAUCCCAUGACAGAUGGACAACUACGCAGCAAGAGAGAUGAAUUUUGGGAUACUGCACCAGCCUUUGAAGGCCGUAAAGAAAUUUGGGAUGCUCUUAAGGCUGCUGCACAUGCAUUUGAGAACAAUGAUCAUGAACUGGCACAAGCAAUCAUUGAUGGUGCAAAUAUAACAUUACCACAUGGUGCCCUUACGGAGUGUUAUGAUGAACUGGGAAACAGAUACCAACUUCCAGUCUAUUGCUUGGCCCCACCAAUCAACAUGAUAGAAGAAAAGAGUGACAUAGAGACUCUGGAUAUUCCUGAUCCACCACCAAAUUCUGGAUAUGAAUGUCAACUCCGUUUACGCCUUUCCACAGGCAAAGACCUCAAACUUUUGGCUCGCAGUACAGACACAGUAUACCACAUGAAGAGGAGAUUGAAUGCAGUGGAAGGUGUGGAACCAAGUAGUCAGCGCUGGUUCUUUUCAGGCAGGCCACUCACUGACAAAAUGAAACUGGAAGAAUUGAAGAUCCCAAAGGACUAUGUAGUACAGGUUAUUGUGAGCCAGCCUUUGCAAAAUCCAACACCCGUGGAGAACUGAACCGGUUUUGUUUGCUGGUUUUCUCUUCUUUUGGUUUUUCCUCCUUUUAUGGCGUGAAAUUUAUUUUCAUUGCCCUUAUUUACCCACAAGUGAAUUUAGUUUUGAGGAAUGACCAAUGAAAAAUUCCAUCUGUGAUGGAGAACUACACAAAAAAUAAAACGCAAAGAGCCAGCCUUUGAGACUCAUGUGAUUGCCAUUUCUAAUGCAAGAGUCAACAAACAAAAUAGAUAACCAUUUAUUUAAAAAAACAAACCAACCAGAAACCCAACAUAAAUGGAUAUGUUUAAAUGAUUUGAACAAUGAAUAAAGCAGCCAUCCAUGAAGAACAGCACCUUUUGAAUUUAGAAUAAGUUUUUGUAAACAAACCAAAUUAGACUAUUUCAAAAAAAUUCCUACUGCAUAAUAUGCCUCCAAAUGCGGCUUUUUUUUUUUAAUUGGCAACAAAAGUGCAGUAUUUAUGGUGUUUUUUGAUUUUAACUACUGUUAUUCAAAACUCAUCUAUCAAGGGAAAAAAAAUGGGAAAAAUCGUCCCUAGCAUUGUGUUUCAGCAUUGCUUUCCCUUUUCUGUGUGUUGAAAUUUUUUUAUGUUCAUACCAACUAAUUUUGGUACCUUUUAUCAAGCUGGUGGUAGGCAGGCUUAUGCUGUUAUUGACUUCUGGAGCACUAGGCAAUAAUUUAGUAAAUACAGUAAAAUCUCUUAUAUUGUACUUGA